AUGGCUAUCUCACCACUUUAUUUUGUUUUGGUCACUUUUGUACUAGCUAUAUCUGGAUUUCGACUGACCACGAUCUACAAAAGACGUCGGCAGCUCAGACAGUUGCCAUUCAUUGAGAUUAGAGAUGGUGACUACAAAGCGGCCCUCCUGAAGGCAUCGAGAGAGUAUCCUAGCACGCCUUAUGUUGUCCAGACUGGUGGAUGGAAUAAUGUUGUGCUUCCUAAUGGAAUCCUCGAUGAGGUUAGAAGGAUCCCUGACGCGCUUCUUUCCGAGCGAGCAGACCUUUAUGAAAAGAUGCAUGGGCGGUGGACGGAUGUCGGUGGCCCGAACCAAGAAAUUGCCUUCUUGUCUCUCAAAAAGGACUUGACGAACAAUCUUGGUCGACUUUUACCCGACAUCCAAGACGAAGUCCAGUAUGGUCUCGACAAAUACUUCGGAUCCUUCCGGGACUGGACUCAGAUUCCUCUAUAUCAUCGACUAGCAGAACUUAGUGCCUCUGUAAACGGGCGCUUCUUCGUCGGCUCUCAACUGUGCCGCGACCACGAAUGGCGUAACUUGUACAUGACAUAUGCACAAGAUAUCUCAGGCGUUAUAAGGGCCGUGGAACCGUGGCAUUGGUUGAUCCGUCCGCUGGCCGCACCCUUUAUGAAAGACGUGCGUAGGAUGCAACAAGUUCGUCAACAUGCUGCUCGACUGCUCACACCUUACGUUGACGCUGCGGUUGAGCAGCGCAGGAAACGCGAGGAAGCCGGGAUUUCUAAAGAUGACGAAGGCGACCAUCUUAUUGAUUGGAUGCUUAAUCAUAUGGAUACAAGCAAGCCCGUUGACAUGCUAAGAUUCGCUCGCGAGCACAUAAUGGUUGGAGCCGGGGCAAUCAACCUAACCAGUAUAGCGUCGACAAACAUAUUCUACGACCUUGCCGCCCACCCUGAAUAUAUCAUCGAGCUCCGUGCGGAGAUAGAUGAAGCCCUUGCGUCUCAACCAAAUCGCAUCAUGACGAGGAACAGCCUACCGAAGAUGUUGCGGCUGGACAGUCUCAUAUACGAAUCCCUUCGCAUGAGUUCCCAAAGACUCACUUCACGCCAUCGUGUUGUAAAGGAUCCCUCCGGAAUCCGCAUUUCCACGGGUCAUGUACUUCCUUACGGUACUUCAGUCUGCUGGUUACACCCGCAAGCCCCUUGGUCGACGCCACCUGCGGACCUCGAUAUUCCUACAGAGAAAGCUUCUCUUGACGAAUUCUACCCUUUUAGGUAUUCUGACAGGAGAGCCAAGCCCGGUCAAGAAAGCUCCUUCCAGGUGACAACAACUGGUCGCGACAAUAUCCACUUUGGCCAUGGCCAAGGAGCAUGUCCGGGGCGGUGGUUCGCCGUUGCGAUAUUGAAGAUCAUUGUGAUUGAAGUCAUUCAACGAUAUGACUUGGCCCUGGGACCGGGCGGCGAAGGCAAGAGUGCUAGAUAUCCAAGACCCAAGGGUAUCAUGGUACAAGGAAGCUUGCGCCAGAUGCCGGAUUUUGCUGGCACUGUAUAUCUCAAGGACCGCGAAAAUCGUGUUUGA